AUGAAGUUUAUUAUUCCUUCGUUGCUGUGUCUUGCAGCAGCGGCCACGGCGGCCAAGGUCGAGUCCGACAAGGUCCCUGCCCAGCAUGAAAUCGACGCCAUCGUCGCAGACGAGAAUGCCCGCAUCGCACUCGUAGAGGUUGCGGAGAGCAUCAACGACCGCUUCGCGGAGAAUGAAUCAGAGCAGGAUGACGUCGAUGCCGUUCACAACCUCGUCGGCCGCAACGCAGUGGAGGACGGUCUCCGUCUUGCCAAGGUCGUCGUAAAAUACGGCAAGCCUGCUUUGACCUUCUUCAAGUGCAUCUCUUACGACAUCGCCCUGCCCUGCGCUCGCGAGAUUCAGUACUGCAUGGACAAGGUUGACAAGGCCCCGUGGGAGUGUCCUCGGGCGUUGGAGUGCAUCGGGACGCCGGCGGAGAAAUGCAAAUAG